AUGGGUCUCCUUGGAUUUCUGUUAAUGCAGUUCCUUCUUACAGCAGCGCUCGGUCUGAACACAACAGAUCCCUCCUGCGAAACCAAGUGCGGCAACCUCAGUAUUCCCUACCCUUUUGGCGUCAGGGAGGGCUGCUACUUCAAAGACGCCAACACCGAUUAUCUUAUUGUCUGCAACACAACGUUCGACCCUCCGAAGGCGUUCCUGGGGGAAGGCAAUAUCGACGUCGUAGACAUCUCCUUGAAUGGCGAAAUCCGGAUCACGAACUUGAUGGGCUACGAAUGCUAUAAUGAGUCAGGCAGUAAAACGGAUAAGUGGACGAACAGUUUCACCAUUGGAUCACCCCAGUACAGCUUCUCCCACACCAAGAACAGGUUCUGGGUCGUCGGUUGCGACACUACCGCCUUCUUCGAGACUGAGAGAGGCGCCAGCGGAUGCAUAUCCUACUGCACCAAUCUGCAAGGCAUGGAGAAUGGGAGCUGCUCCGGCGUGGGCUGCUGUUCAGCAUCCAUUACCAAGGGCCUCAAGAACUUCUCAACGAAUAUUGGCACCUAUUACAACUACAACAAUUCCAAGGAAUUCAAUCUCUGUGGCUAUAUGUUCGUGGCCGAGGACAGUCAGUACAACUUCAGCAUCUCCGAUCUGAACGAUACAAAAUUACGGCACCGAACAUUCCCAAUUGUUCUCGACUGGUCCGUUGGGAACCAGACCUGCGAGCAAGCCAAGACGCCACUGCCGGGGAUGCCUUACGCAUGCCGCAGUAGGAACAGCCAGUGCAACAACUCAAACAAUCGCGUCGGAUACCUCUGCCAGUGCUCAACGGGCUACCAGGGCAAUCCUUACGUCGUUGGGGGAUGCAAAGGUAAGCGUUUUGCCGACUUUGUAUAAUUUGCAAACUAAGCUUGUCAAUCAGUAAUGUCAUCUGUUCUUUGUCUGUUUAAUUACCCUUGGGUCAUCCAACUUAAAUACCUAGGUUGAUCGAUUUGUAUAAUAUUACGUUGACUUCUGUAUCAACCAAUUAAAGAUUUAUCCGGUUUUAGCCCACCUCAGAGGAAGAAGGUUACCGAGUCAUCCUAUUUAUGCUAGAUGGGCAAUGAGUUGUUCAGCCAUAACUUCAUUUUCAUGCAUUUACUUCUGCGCUCGCCAACAAAACAUCACUCUAAGACUAUCGACCGGUCUCUUAAAGAUAUUGAUGAAUGCAAGAACAAUUCAACUAUCUGUCCGCGCGAGGCUCAAUGCAAUAACACGCAGGGAGACUACGAUUGUCUGUGCCCAGAGGGACAACGAUUUAAUCGCAGCGCCACAACAUGUGACGGUAUGUGUGACUUCUGAUGCUCAAAGCUUCAUAAAGUGAACCGUAUACAACUCUUGGCCACAUUUUUUCACUAGGUGGGCCUACUACCGCUAAAGGCGCAUCGACGAAGGAUAGCGUACCCUUGUCUCUCAAGCUGGGCAUAGGUGAGGAAAACUGCCUUCCUCAGUCUAUGUUUUACAUUGUUAGUUCAAUGGAACAUGAGGUCAUUGCGCUGUCCUUGCACAGGUUCCGCUGUCGGCUUUCUGAUUCUCUUGGCAACAAUCACGUCUUUGUGCUGGGGCGUCCAGAGGAAAAAGCUCGCAAACCAAGAUAAGAAGAUUCAGGAUCUGAAGAACAAAAUGUUCGAGCAAAAUGGAGGCCCAUUAUUGGUGGAGUACUUCUCUUCUCAACCGGCCAACGCCUUCAGGAUUUUCACCGAAGAAGAGCUAUCGAUGGCCACCGAUGAUUUCAACAAAGGCAGGGUCAUCGGCGAGGGAGGACACGGCGUGGUCUACAGGGGUAUGCUGGAGAAUGACAAGGCGGUCGCCAUAAAGAAGUCCAAGAAAAUGGACGAGAGAGAGAAGGACGAGUUCGUCAGAGAGAUGACGAUCCUCUCGCAGAUUAACCACGUCCAUGUGGUGAAGAUCGUCGGAUGCUGUCUAGAAGUGGAAAUUCCCAUGCUGGUCUACGAGCACGUUCCCGGCGGUACUCUCUUCGACUUGCUCCACCCCAAGGGGCAGCAACAGGGUACACUCAUCCCCCUAGAGACCCGACUCAGGAUCGCCGCCGAAGUUGCCGAAGCCCUGGCCUACCUUCACUCCUAUGCUUCACCACCUAUACUUCACAAGGACGUCAAGACCGCCAACAUACUGCUGGACGAGAAUCAAAGGGCGAAAGUCUCCGACUUUGGAGCUUCCGUGGUGGCUCCGGCGGAUGGACUCGCAGUCGCAACCAUGGUCCAGGGUACCUUGGGUUACCUGGACCCCGAGGUUAUACAGUCCUACCAAUUCACGGAGAAGAGUGACGUUUACAGCUUUGGCAUGGUCCUGGUGGAGCUUCUCACAGGGAAGAAGCCAUUCGAACCGAUAGAUACCGAAACCAAGAGGAGUCUCGCUGGGGCCUUCGUGUCCGCGUUAAGAGGAAACAGAUUGGUCGACAUCUUGGAAAGUACGGUGUGCAGCGAAGAGGAGAUGGAGAUAUUGCUGGAGGUUUCCGAGCUUGCAUGCCGGUGCCUGAGUGUUAAUGGAGCAGAUCGUCCUACCAUGAAGGAGGUGGUGACGGCAUUGCAUGUGCUGAGAACCUCUCGGGACCACCCUUGGGCACUGCCAUGCUUACCACAGGAGGCGGAGAGCCUGUUGGGUGAGAGGGAGCCCAUGGCUUACACGACAAGUGAUUUGGGAACCACAGUGAGCCACAUCGGACUGGAGAUAGAGGCCGGACGGUAG